AUGCAGAGGUUUGAGUCGCACAAGAUGAGAUCUGCUGUUCUCGUCACGACGGCGAUCUUGCAAUUAUGCAGUCGAGCAUGGGCCGCUGUGGUGCCCACUGCGGCAGUCCUAAAUGGCACAUAUCAGGGUCGCUACUUGAGUGAAUGGGACCAGGAUGCCUUCCUCGGCAUUCCCUAUGCGCAGCCUCCAGUAGGGUCGCUCCGCUUCAAAUGGCCGCAGAGCCUCAAUGGCUCCUUUGAUGAGGUCCGUGAUGCCACCUCCUACGGCUACAGCUGCAUGCAGUACCAUACAGCUUUCAAUCUCUCAGAGGAUUGUCUAAGCUUGAAUGUAAUCCGUCCAUCUGGCGACCUCAAAGACCUGCCGGUCCUCGUUUGGAUAUACGGCGGCGGCCUGUACACCGGUUCUACUGCUGACCCUCAAUACAACCUUUCUGGAAUUGUCAAGCUUAGUCAGGAAAUGGGUCAGCCCCUCAUAGCUGUGGACAUGAAUUAUCGACUUAACAUGUACGGCUUCCUUCAAACACCCCAGAUAGUGGCAGAAGGUUCAUCCAAUGCUGGGCUGAUGGAUCAGCGAAUGGCUCUACGCUGGAUACAAGAGAACAUCGCGGCGUUUGGGGGUGACCCGGAGCGGGUCGUCAUUUGGGGCGAGAGCGCUGGCGCCCAGAGUAUUGCAUAUCACCUGUUGAGCUAUGAUGGCCGAGAUGAUGGCUUAUACCGGGGAGCGAUCAUGGAGAGUGGUGGACCGACCGGUUGUCAAGUCCAAGACCUGGCCUACUAUACGCCGCCCGUUGAGAACCUCACGCGUACUGUCGGCUGCUGGACGGCCAAAGAUCAACUCUCAUGUCUACGCGGCCUGAGCCAGGAGAGCCUGUUCGCGGCCGCUCCAACACAGGUGUGGAAUCCUCUCAUCGACGGUGAUUUUCUGACGGGUUAUCCAAGCCAGCUUCUUCGUGCUGGCAAGUUCAACCGCGUCCCACUACUCACUGGAACCAACACCGACGAGGGGACCAGCUUUAGUCCCUCCGGCCCGAAUUCCGAGCAUGAUCUCUUCAACUUGUUCCUAUAUUGGAGGUCGUACGCUCUCUCUCCGCCGACGAUUCUGAAGCUGCUCGAGCUGUACCCUAAUGACCCAUGUAACGAGCCGCCGUUCUACAUCACCAACUGCUCCGUGUUUUCUUCUAAAGGCCUACAGUGGCGCCGAGGUGCUGCUAUCGGAGGGGAUUUGGUCAUGCACUCUGGCCGACGCAAGAUGUGCGAGCAGUACACACUGGCAGGGCAAGAUGUAUAUUCUUACCGAUUCGACACACGGCUCUGGAACAAAACCGAGCUUGCUGGAAUAGCACAUUUCGACAAUGUCGCAUUCAGCUUCCAGAAUAUCAGUGGCUUACUGGGACCCAGCCCCGAGUACGACUCAGACAUGAAGAUAGCAAGAGCGGUGGGAACAGCUUAUAUCCGCUUUGUCAAUACCCUGAAUCCAAACCAGCCGAGCACUUAUGAUGGGACUAAGAUUUCCAACAUCAUACAAGCACCGCACUGGCCAAAGUAUGUUCUGAACAGCCCGGAAAACAUGGUCUUUAACGCAACGCAUGUUUUCGUGGAGGCGGAUACUUGGAGAAAGGAGGGCAUCUCGUUUAUGAAUACAUACGAGGUUGCUAGGGAGUUGUUAGCAUAG